CCGGGGGCGCUUGGAGGGGUUCAGGCGGCGGCUGUUCUUUCUGCGAUGGCUGCGGACGUCUCCCAGUGGGGCGGGCGCCAAGGAGGCCGGGCCGGUCUGGCUCCUUUGGCCGGCCUGUCUCCCCGGGCUUGCCCUUGAGGGGUCUGUUUGGCACGAUGGGCGCUUCCUCCUCGCCGGCCGGCCGGCCGCUCCCCGUGCCCUCAGGCAGCGGCGUGGCCAGGGCCCCCUCCUUGACAUGACUGUCACCUCGGCGGCCCCCGUCGCCCCCCAGAGCAUGGAUCAGGUGUACAUCGCCGUGGAGCUCUGCAUCGCCGUGUUGUCCAUCGCGGGCAACGUCUUGGUCUGCUGGGCCGUGGCCAUCAACAGCACCCUCAAGAACGCCACCAACUACUUCCUGGUCUCGCUGGCGGUGGCCGACAUCGCCGUGGGGCUCCUGGCCAUCCCCUUCGCCAUCACCAUCAGCAUCGGCUUCCACACCAACUUCCACUGCUGCCUCUUCCUGGCCUGCUUCGUCCUGGUGCUCACCCAGAGCUCCAUCUUCAGCCUGUUGGCCGUGGCUGUGGAUCGUUACUUGGCCAUCAAGAUCCCUCUGAGGUACAAGAGCCUGGUGACGGGGAAGCGAGCACGGGCCCUCAUCGCCGUCCUCUGGCUCCUCUCCUUCAGCAUUGGACUCCUGCCACUGAUGGGCUGGAACAGCUGGGAAACGGCCCGCCGGAACUGCACGGACCCCGCCAACGAGACCGAGAGGGGCGACUGCCCAGUUGUGUGCCUCUUUGAGAACGUGGUCACCAUGAGCUACAUGGUCUACUUCAACUUCUUCGGCUGUGUCCUCCUGCCUCUCCUCAUCAUGGUGGGCAUCUACAUCAAGAUCUUCAUGGUGGCCUGCAAGCAGCUCCGCCAGAUGGAGCUCAUGAGCAAGUCCCGGACCACCCUCCAGAAGGAGGUCAACGCCGCCAAGUCCCUGGCCAUCAUCGUGGGCCUCUUUGGCUUGUGCUGGCUGCCCCUCCACAUCCUCAACUGCCUCACUCUCUUUGGCACAGCGAAAAACCCCCAGUGGGCCAUGAACGUGGCCAUCGUUCUCUCACAUGCCAACUCGGUCAUUAACCCGGUCAUCUACGCGUACAGGAUCCGGGACUUCCGGUGCACCUUCCGCAAGAUCCUCUUGCGCCACCUCCUCUGCAAGGAUGAGGACUUCCACAAACACCCCAGCAAUGGCGGCAACGGACACGAGGUGGCUGUUAGCAAUGUCAGCGCGAGCCCCGUCUGCCUCUGAGGACUGCUUCGGUGCCUCCUGCAGGCCAUCACAACUGACCUGGUUUUGUAUUAUCGUUUUUCUGGUUGGUUUUAAUGUUUUUUUUAAAAAAUGCUUGUACCUCUCAGAGGAAUCCUACAGUUAACUUACAUGCUGUCUGAGCCCUUAAUGGAUCAAACUUUUUUUUUUG